AUGGGAUCUUACAGUGUAUCUUCGCGACAGCACAGUGCGCGGACGGGAGGAAGUUCGAGCUCCACUUACAGUGAUGCUUCCGAUCGUUCGAAAAGCACGGCCCCUACGAUCUACAGCGAACGGCCCACAUCAAAGCGGAGAGAGAACAAAGACCCUAAAGAUUCAGUAUCAACCUACGCCUCGACCAACCACGACGAUGAAAUACCGAAGAAGCCGCAUUAUGAGGUUGUUACUCGCGGGGCCGAGUCGGAUAUUUUCCCUUCAGAUGCGAUUCCCUCGAAUUCUUCAACCUUUGGGAAAUUGUUCCCAUCGUCGCGACGGCUUCUGAUCGGGCAUGAUGAUACGACGCUUGAUGGAAACAUGAACCUUCGCGUGCACACCCUGGCGCCACGAAGAGAUGGCUAUCAGCAGGCCGUUAUACUUUUUCAUCUCCGCAUGUACGAUUUGUACUCACGGGAGUUUUCUUUCCGACGGUACUGUCGCAAUUCCGAGCGCGAGGUGUGUCACUCAGCAAGAAGACCGAUAUCGUCCGGAGGCCCAAACAAGCGUCCGGGAUUCCAACGCUCCUUAAGCAGUGCAUUAGCUGGCUUACGCCCAGGCUCGAGUGGUGAUCAUUCGACGCAUGGCUCCAAGCGUAAGCGGCAGGACCUGGGGCAGAAGUCGGUUAAGGAGGACUACGAAGACUUCGAUGGCCAGGACACCCGCAACCAACCCCUGGCCGACACGGUCAUGCUGGAAUUCUCGAAUUACGCCCACGUCGAGAUCCGCAGACGUGGCGCCGGCUUGUCUAAGCGAUAUGAGUUCGAAUAUUGGUGUACAAGAUACCAGUGGAGGCGAGAACACCGAAGAGAUGGGGACCUACAGGAGGUAGCUUUUCAUCUGAUUGACCUGCGAACAUCCAAGACGAUCGCCCACCUGAUUCCCGAAAUCCUGACCCCAAUGGAAGCUGUGGAGGAGCAGGCUAAGGGUGGCUGGGUUCCUCCAUCCUCCAUGUGGAUCAGCGAGGACUCCGUGUAUGAAAAGAUGCCAGAUGUUGCCGAUAUGAUUGUGGUUACAGGAUUGAUGGUCUUAGUUGAUGACUCUAUCCGUCGCCGGUGGCACUCGAGGAAACAUGGCCAGCUCAUGUUCCCCGUGCGCGCCUCACUCACCCGGAGUAUGGAGUUUAUGGGACCUCGGCGGCUUCUGAGUGAGGUGUUCCAUCGACGAGGCUCAGCAUGA